AUGGUGUUAUUCAAGCUCUUUUUUACUGCAGCUAUGGCCGGCAUUACGGCCGCGCUGUCCUUGAACGUACCCCAUGACCUCCCAGACGGAACAUACAAAGCUUAUAUCGAUGAUCAAGGCCGUGAGGUACACGAACUUGUCAGCUUGCCAGGAAAUACUAUCCAGGCCAAGAUUAGUAAUGCCACCAGAUGGAUCACCAACGAGCACAAGCUGGAAGAAAUCCACGCCUCCAUGGUGGCCGCUAGAUCUCUCUCGUCUCUUGAAAAACGCGGCAAAACCUAUAGGUCCCAAGACUACGGGUUUGGGGUAGGCGUCCUCGAAAUAUGGUGCGGCUGCGGAUACAACCUGAACCACGGCGACUGCGAUGCCGCUGUGAAUGAACUCAAGAGGCAGACGGGUGGCGGCCAGAGCAUCGCCUUGGGCCUAGCUUUUUACGCUAUCCGCGGCGGUGUUGUGGCCUUUUCUUGCGCGACUUGGCCUGAUUCCAAUGACACUUAUGGUGACCCCUUUGAGUGGGAUGUUGAGGAGAUUACGCUGUCUCUUGCUGCCAUCACUAAACUCUGUGGCUGGUAUGUUGCUGGUACUGCCAACUACAUGGAUUGGGCUCCUACAGACUGGAACUCGCCGCUUAUUGGCUAUAUGCAAUAUUUUAAUGGCCUCGACUUUUGCCAGGCAGCAAAUGGCGCAGCUGCUGGUAAACUAAGCACUGAUGGGAUACAGAGAACGCUAUUUAGACUAUCGUAA